UCCGUCGUCUAUUUCCUUUUACCGGGAAGGUCACAUUGCAAACAUGUUUCGAGCAUUGAUGAAAGUGUCUUCGGCUGUUAAUCAUGCCGCUAAACAGACGUUACGACAGCCAUUAAUAGCCUCUACGUUGGUCCGGCAGAAACAUGAGGAUCAUCAAGAAAGUGAUGACGCCUUUGAUGCCCGUUAUGAGGCCUACUUCAACAGGCCCAAUAUUGAUGGGUGGGAAGUGAGAAAAGCUAUGAAUGACCUUCAGGGUUAUGAUUUAAUUCCUGAACCAAGAAUUAUUAUAGCUGCAAUGAAGGCAUGUCGUCGUAUCGAUGAUUACGCCCUGGCUGUCCGGUACCUGGAGGCAGUAAAGGACAAAUGUGGUCGCAGAGUAAAGGAAAUCUGGCCAUACCUUCAUCAAGAGAUCAAACCAACACUGGACGAGCUUGGCAUAUUAACGCCUGAUGACAUGGGUUAUGAAAAACCAGAACUUGCUCUGAAAGACGUUUAUUCUAUGUAGUUUUAUACGUAUACCAUACAUAUUGCUGGUGUACAUAUUUAACUGUUGUGGAUGUAGAAUGUUGUUUUUCCGUGUGUGACAUUUAUUCCUACAUUAACAUCAGAUCAAAGAACACCACCUUUACUGUAUUCUGUGUCCAGUCCUACUGCAUCCAGAUUUAGAUCAACUGAAAUGGAAUUUAGCAAAGUUAAUUUUCUCAACAAAUAACGCAGCUAUAUUUCAAAAGCUGGAACCUAAAGUCUAAACGUCAUAGUAAACAACUAAGAGAAAUUACUGUCUGAUUUAAAAACAAUGACAUGACCUGUUAAUGUAUGUAAACAUUGCAUCAGCAUUAUCUGUCAAAAUCAACUUCCACGUCCUUCCACUCUUGAUGAAUAUUCCAUAAAAAAGCAAAAUGACGGCAUACAAAAGCUUUAUGUCCUAGAAAAUCUCAUCAAAGUCGAUAUAGGUGACAUGGUUAUAAUAUCUUGAGUGUGUCAUUAUAAUGGGGGUUUUCAGUCACAAUAUGUCUGGACAGAAUGUGGGGAAAGUCUAAUGGUAAUUAAAAUCAGGAGAGUAAUUUAUUUUAGUUGUUAACUAUGUGAUUUAGAUUUUUGUUUUUAAUUUUAUUAUUUAUUUUUUUAACUAUACUAACAACUAAUCACCCAGCACCAUAUUACCAGUAUUUUUAAAAAAGGUAUAAUGUGUCGUUGGUUUUACAGGCACCUGAUGUGACCAGUGAACAAUAAAUAAAGACUCCCGACACAUGUAACUAGUAAUUUGGAUAAUAGCAUUCAGAAUGUCCUGCACUUAGAUUUUCAAUAGUAGAUGCUCAAUUUUAUAAAAAUUUCAAGUAAUUUGUUUGUAUAAUAAGUGUAUCGUUCUAGUGUAGAGAUAUUAACUUUUUCUCGGUCAGGGCAAGUUGGUCUCAGCAAGUUGUGCUUGUAUUUAAUGUAAGGAUGCAAUUAAAAUAUUUUUAUCUCUA